AGAGCAAUUCUAAUUCGUAGGUCCAAAUCCAAAUUAACAUUUGCCCAAACCUUUCUUUCCCAUUCUCAGGAUUAAAUAAUCUCACCGACGCCGAAAUCGUUCCAUUUUAGAUCUGUACAUCUCCUUCCUGCCUUCUUUAGCUUCAGCUAUCGCUGAGCUUCAAUAAGAAAAAAAAUCGAUCCACUUGUUCACACUCACAGAUUACAUUUCUACGUCCAAGAAGAGAAGAUACCCAGAUCGUCAAAUUUGCAAUGGCGGUAGCCGUCCGUGGUAGCCGAGGAGGAGGAUCCACCGGAUUCAACGCUGGCCUUCGCAGCUUCUUCUCUUAUCGGAUUUUGGUCUCAUCAAUGUUCACUCUUCUUUUCCUCGCUACUCUAUCUGUGCUCCUCACCACCCAUCCCCCUACCUCUCCUCACGACUCUUCACUGCCGAGUAGCGGCAAUGCUUAUGUGCAGCGGACGUUUUUGGCAUUAAACUCUGAUCCGUUGAGAACCCGAUUAGAUUUGAUAUACAAACAAGCUAGUGACCAUAUGACCCUAGUGAAUGCUUACGCGGCCUAUGCCAGAAAGCUUAAGCUUGACAUCUCUAGGCAAUUGAGAAUGUUUGAUGACUUGGCUAAGAAUUUCUCCGACCUCGUAUCCAAACCCAAUUACAAGUCUUCCUUGUUUGAAUCGGAGGGUGUAGUGGAUGAGGAUGUUUUGAGGCAGUUUGAGAAGGAGGUGAAGGAAAGGGUGAAAAUUGCAAGGUUGAUGGUAGCUGAGUCGAAGGAGAGCUAUGAUAAUCAAAUCAAGAUUCAGAAGCUCAAGGAUACUAUCUUUGCGGUGAAUGAAUUGCUGAUCAAGGCCAGGAAGAAUGGCGCUUUCGCUAGCUUGAUUUCUGCGAAAUCAAUACCCAAGAGUUUGCAUUGCUUAGCAAUGAGGCUUGUGGAGGAGAGGAUUUCACAUCCAGAGAAAUAUCGGGACGAGGAGCCUAAGCCAGAGUUUGAGGAUCCAAGUCUCUAUCAUUAUGCCAUAUUUUCAGAUAACGUGAUUGCAGUGUCUGUCGUGGUGAGGUCAGUGGUGAAGAAUGCAGAGGAACCUUGGAAACAUGUUUUCCAUGUUGUUACUGACAGAAUGAAUGUGGCAGCCAUGAAGGUGUGGUUCAGGAUGAGGCCUAUUGAGGGAGGUGCACAUGUAGAGGUUAAGGCGGUGGAGGAUUUUAGUUUUUUGAAUUCUUCAUAUGUGCCAGUUUUGAGGCAACGGGACAACCUUAAACUGCAGAAGUUUUACUUUCAGAACCAGGCAGAGAAUGCUACCAAGGAUGCAAGUAAUAUGAAGUUCAGGAAUCCCAAAUAUUUGUCUAUGCUGAAUCAUCUUCGUUUUUAUCUGCCAGAGAUGUAUCCAAAGUUGCAUAAGAUUUUGUUUUUGGAUGAUGAUGUUGUGGUUCAAAAGGACUUGACAGGGUUGUGGAGGAUUGAUUUGGAUGGAAAGGUGAAUGGGGCUGUUGAGACCUGUUUUGGGUCAUUUCAUCGCUAUGCACAGUAUUUGAACUUCUCUCAUCCUUUAAUUAAGGAGCGGUUUAAUCCUAAGGCCUGUGCUUGGGCUUUUGGAAUGAAUAUAUUUGAUCUUGAUGCUUGGAGGCAUGAAAAAUGCACCGAACAGUAUCAUUACUGGCAGAGCUUGAAUGAGGAUCGUAAUCUAUGGAAAUUGGGUACUCUUCCACCUGGCUUGAUCACCUUUUACUCAACAACAAAAUCAUUGGACAAGGCUUGGCAUGUGCUUGGCCUUGGGUACAAUCCAAGUAUUAGCAUGGAUGAGAUCAACAAGGCUGCAGUCAUUCAUUACAAUGGAAACAUGAAACCUUGGCUUGACAUCGCCAUGAAUCAAUACAAGAGUCUUUGGACUAAAUAUGUGGACAAUGAUAUGGAGUUUGUUCAGAUGUGUAAUUUUGGCCUUUAGAUGAGUUUCAUUCCUGUUGCUUUAUUGGCAAGGCACACGAUGAAGAGUUGUAAGUGUUCAUACUGGGUUACUCUUGUUCUUACAACAUUUUGGAUUUUUUUCAUUAGUUUUAACUGUGAAUUGUAUUAAACCGAAAUGGUUAUGUACACGCAGAAAUUAUUCUUUUGACUGAAUUUUUUUCUACUCUUGAAUGCAAUGACAAACAAAUUUUGUUA